AUGUGGACACUGCUCCCUCACAGCGCAAACAAUGUGAGCACCGUCCCUCGGAGAAGGCACUAUAUCAAGUUUUCGUCACAUAAUGUCUCUCUGUCCCAAGCGCCGGUCGCCAGCGCACUGGAUCUAAGGCCACGUUUCAGCAAGGUGCCUCCGCAAGUAAAUACACCCUCUCGUGGUUGGCAAGAAGAUGCCCUUACAAAGAUUGUGGAUGCUAACGGGUAUGACUUGCAGGAGUCUGGCUUUGUUAAUAGUACUAAUCACACUCGCACACCCAUCCAUCACACAUUGCCACCAAAAGCUCGAUCUGAGAAUACUCCGCAGCGAAGACUCAGCACCGCUCGUGCAAAAGAGCUGAUGCAACUUCGGCAGGCACAAAAUGCACAUACGGCCCCUAUAGAUGACACAGGCAACACUUCUGGGGAGAAUGAGCAGCCUUAUGGACUCGGAGAUGGUGAUGGCCAGGAUACUGAUGUCGAUGAGUUUGACAGUGGGACCGCUUACAUGGAGGAUAACCAUGUGUCUGAUAAUGAAGAUUCACGCCACGACUCGGGCUAUGUUUCAUCUUCUAGCUACAAGGGUGAUAGACCACACAAUCACAAAAGGAAGCGCAAUGCCAAGGAUUUAUCAGAAUAUUUUUUUUCCCCACAAUCACAUGAGCCACGAUGUCCAUGCAAAGUCCACAAGAGUAAGGGUCGUGUAGCAGCGCGUGACUAUGAAGUUGCAGUCCAGCAACUCAUCAAAUUCGCCAUUGGUGAUUUUCAUGGACGGCUCGCAUCUCAGUACGCAUACCCAGAUCGCAUGACUCAAGUGUUAUGGGCCAAAGAAGCUUGGAAGGAGGCCUGCGUGUCGCAUGACAUUGAGAUAGGAUUCAAUGGAGAGAUAAUACAGAUGCUGCCUAAUCUUUCACUCGAGAUCACCUGUCGCACGUCACAUCUCACAGGUGAGGUGAAAGCUAAACUUCGCCCGCUUGCUGAGAGCAUUUAUGGGUUUGACUGCAGUACAAGAGAAUCUGUCAAGUCUAAGAAUCGCCAACUCGUGCAGGACCUCAAGGAUAAAUUUGGCCUGUGUUACCAGGAUCUUGGAGACAAAAAGAGCAAUGUUCCUCGCAGUGGCCUCUUUUGGAUGAGGUUGAAUCAGAAGGGGGCCAAUUUGAUCUGGUACCAGAACAAGAGGGACGAAGGGAUCAUGUUUGAUAAGUAUUUCACACCAUUUCCGAUUCCUGCACUGGCCUUGUUAUAUACUGCAGCUGAUGGAGAGUGCAUCGACAUCUGUUUUUCGAGCGGCGAGUACAAAGCUGUAUAUGACAAACACCUUGCCAAUCUCAAGAGAUUUCAAGUGCAAACGAAGGACCAUGGCAUACUUGAUACGAUACUCAAGGACAUCAACAACAGCGGCAGGUCGCAUGCUAGAGUAGAUCCGACCGACAUUCCACAGGGAGGCUGCUUGUCCGACAACAAGAUCAAGAACACCAUUCGGGAGCACCAGCAACAGGGCGACAACACUGGGAACGAGAGUAAUGAUUCAGAUGAGCUUGAUGGUGGAUUUGAAGAUGAUGAAAGCGAGCGCAGAUAA